AUUGGUAAAAUAUACACAAAAAAUUACAAAAUGCGUCAUCAAAAUAAACAAUUUCGCACUAGUUAAUCUCGCAUGUAUUGGAGGCACUAAUUAUCCUGAUCUAGACCGAACGAUGUAGUUGAAGAUUUGUGACACCUCUGAACCAAGCAAUGUCCUUUGUGGAUAAAAUUGGUUACUUAGUGAUAAUUUAUUGGGGCUACCAAUUCUCCUGCAACAUUAUUCAUAUGCUAUACAAAACAUUCUUUUCCCAUGGUAAGCCAAUUGAUUUACAUUCCAUGGGAAGAUGGGGCGUUGUCACCGGUUGCUCUCAUGGCAUUGGCAAAGCCUAUGCAGAAGCGCUUGCCAGAAUAGGGAUAAAUGUUGUACUUAUAAACACAAAAAUUGAUAAACUAAAAAUUAUUGCAAGCAAUAUAGAAACCUUGUAUAAUGUCAAAACCAGGGUAAUAGAACUGGAUUUGUCUCAGGGUCUCAAGGCUUACGAAACUAUCGAACAAGAAAUGUUUGGAAUGGAGAUUGGAAUUUUAGUCAACAGCCUUGGUAUGGGUUAUCCUCAUCCAGAGUAUUUCCUUGAACUACCUCACAAGGAAAAAAUCUAUUCAAAUAUCAUCCAAUGCAACAUUGUUGUUGUGACAAACAUGUGCCGGAUUUUCCUGCCGCAAAUGAUAUUGCGAGGAAAAGGCGUCAUUGUGAAUGUAGCUUCAUCAGCUGCGGUCAUACCCAGUCCGCUUCUAACCGUUUUUGCAGCUUCCAAGGCUUACAUUCUCAAAUUCAGCAAGGAAUUGAAUGCAGAAUACAGCAAACAUGGAAUAAUAAUUCAAUGUUUACUACCAGGAAGUGUGUCUAACCAUACAUCCAAUUCCCCGCCUAUUGGAUGGAUUGUUCCCAUGGCUGAUGACUAUGUAGCAAGCGCGCUUGACACUAUUGGCAAAGAGGAUAGCACCACAGGCUUCUUUCCCCAUACCGUAUUAGUAGGAAUCAUAAGAAUAACUUAUAAGUUAUCACGCUCAUUGGUUGUUAAAUUUAUGACAAAAGUCAUGGAAAGAAAUCGAAAGUAUGCACUACAAAGAUACGUUGGGUGA